AUGGUGGAAACUGCUCGAGAUCGCCCAACAGCGUCUAGGAGACGUAAUGUUAUACUUUCUCAAAAAGUGGCUAAGAGACGCACUCGUAAGACUAAGGAUCAAGGUAGUGGAGUUAAUGAACAUGACAUGAAUGACAUAGGUGCUGCUCUAGCAAAAACGGUUGAGGUUGAAAACGAUGGGGGCAAUCAAUUUAAUGUGAGUGACAUGGGUGAUGAUUUGGGGGAUGAACCAAUAGAUAUGGGUGAUGAACCAACAGACAUAGGUGAUGAUCCGGGUGAUGAACCAACAGACAUGGGUGACUAUGAAGACCAACCAGUAGGUACAACUGAAAAAGUUAAUGAAGAUCUUACUAGACCUUUUCCUGGGGGGCCAUAUGAUCCUUUGAUUUUGAAGAGUUUUCAUUGUCACGUAGCAGCCAAAAUUUGGCAUAAUGAUGAAUGUGGAAUACUUAAAUGCUUAAAUCAUGGUUUUAAAGUUAGAGAAUGGUCAUUCAACUUGGAAGAUAAUGAACAGUCCAAAUUUCAUGGUUUAAUAAAGGAUUCGGGGUUGAUUUCUUUAGUGAGUUGCUUCUAUAAAUUUGUAAACAAAGUUGUAGUUUUGGCCUUUGUAGAAAGAUGGCAGCCAGAGACAAACACGUUUCAUCUAUCAUUUGGUGAGAUGUCACCAACCUUAGAUGAUGUUAGUGUAAUUCUAGGGAUUCCAGUGAUUGGUAAAUCAGUCUCUUGCAAGAAGUUAUCAAAUGUUGACGUUGCAAAUCUGCUAGUUGAGGCUUUGGGCGUAAUAAUAGAUGAGGCGAAUGUAGCGUUGAAGGUAGCACGGGGCCAGUCUAUCAAGGUAGAAUGGUUGAGACAACAGUUUGGGUCAGUGUCUGAUGCGGACAAUGAUAAUACCAUUGAGUGUGUAACUAGGGCAUAUUUGUUAUAUUUGUUAGGUUGUACCUUAUUUGCAGACAAGACAGGCACACGUGUUCCGGUUGUGUAUUUGUCUUUUCUUAUGGAUUUGCGGUUGGUUGCUUCUUAUGCUUGGAGUGCACCCGUAUUGGCUUUUUUAUACCGGCAAUUGGGUACUGCCACAAGGUAUGCCGUAAAACAGAUGGCGGGAUACAUGACAUUGCUGGAAGCUUGGAUUUACGAGCAUUUUGUUGGUGCUAGACCCCACCCCAAUUUGGACUAUAAAGAAGAUCAGCCUCGUGUCUUUCGUCGGAUUUCUCGCACCCAAUCUGGUUCGUCAACGUCUAUUUUACAAAGGUUGCGAGAAGACCUCGACAGAUUAGAGGCCCAUGACCGCAUUGACAGUGCCUUAAGCAUUUCAUGUUCAAUGCUCGAAAUUAGAUACAAUGAAACAGCUCCCACCUGA